AAUGCUCCCUUCUACAUGACUUGCAGUCAAAACCCUAUGGAAUUAACUAGUAUUUCUAUAUUUUAUUUUCAUCAGGUGGUUGGUGUGGCACAAGCAAUCAACAAGAAGUCUGGUGGUGGAGGAAUAUUCACUGAGCAAGAUGAGAAGGAUUUUGCUGCAUAUCUGGCUUUUUGUGGAAUUGUUCUUCACAACGCACAGCUGUAUGAGACGUCCCUGUUGGAAAACAGACGUAACCAGGUUCUCCUCGAUCUUGCCAGCUUAAUAUUUGAAGAGCAGCAAUCUUUAGAAGUGAUUUUGAAGAAGAUAGCUGCCACCAUAAUCACCUUUAUGCAGGUGCAGAAGUGCACCAUUUUCAUCGUGGACGAAGACAGCUCGGAUCCCUUUUCCAGCGUCUUUCACAUGGAAUCUGAGGAAUUAGAAAAUUCAAGUGAGACUCACAAAAGAAACUAUGAUACAAACCAAAUUAAUUAUAUGUAUGCUCAAUACGUGAAGAAUACCAUGGAGCCUCUUAACAUUUCAGAUAUUCGCCAAGACAAAAGAUUUCCUUGGACAAAUGAAAAUGCAGAUAGUAAAAACCAGAAUAUAGAAAGUUUGCUAUGCACGCCAAUUAAAAACGGAAAGAAGAAUAAAGUAAUAGGAGUCUGUCAACUUGCAAAUAAGAUGGAAGAAAAUUCAGGCAAAAUAAAGGCUUUCAACAGAAAUGACGAGCAGUUUCUGGAAGCUUUUGUCAUCUUCUGCGGCUUGGGUAUCCAGAACACACAGAUGUAUGAAACUGUGGAAAGAGCUAUGGCAAAGCAGAUGGUGACAUUAGAGGUCCUUUCUUACCAUGCUUCAGCUGCUGAAGAUGAAACAAGGGAACUUCAGGCUGCUGUUGUGCCAUCUGCGCAAUCUCUCAAGCUCACCGACUUCUACUUCAGUGACUUUGAGCUGUCAGAUAUGGAAACCUCCCUGUGUACAAUUCGGAUGUUCACUGAUCUUAACCUUGUGCAGAAUUUCCAAAUGAAACACGAGGUCCUUUGCAGAUGGAUUUUGAGCGUGAGGAAAAAUUACCGGAAAAAUGUUGCGUAUCAUAAUUGGAGGCAUGCUUUCAACACUGCCCAGUGCAUGUUUGCUGCUUUGAAGUCAGGGAAAAUCCAGAGCAAGCUUACGGACGUUGAGGUGCUUUCUCUGCUGAUCGCGGCACUGAGCCAUGACCUGGACCACAGAGGUGUGAACAACUCUUACAUACAGAGAAGUGAACACCCCCUUGCCCAGCUGUAUUGCCACUCAAUCAUGGAGCAUCACCAUUUUGAUCAGUGCCUGAUGAUCCUGAAUACCCCGGGCAACCAGAUUCUCAGCGGCCUUUCUGUUGAGGAAUACAAGGCUACUGUGAAAAUGAUCAAACAAGCUAUUCUGGCCACAGAUCUUGCACUGUACAUUAAGAGAAGAGGAGAGUUUUUUGACCUUCUGAGAAUGAAACAGUUUAACCUGGAAGACCCUUAUCAAAAGGAGCUAUUUUUGGCAAUGCUGAUGACCGCGUGUGAUUUGUCAGCAAUAACAAAGCCGUGGCCUGUUCAGCAACGGAUAGCUGAACUUGUAGCUACAGAAUUCUUUGACCAAGGUGACAAGGAGAGAAAAGAACUCAAUAUAGAACCAACAGAUUUAAUGAACCGUGAAAAGAAAAACAAAAUCCCCAGCAUGCAAGUUGGAUUCAUUGAUGCCAUCUGCUUGCAGCUCUAUGAGGCGAUGACACACGUCUCAGAAGCCUGCUAUCCUUUGCUGGAGGGCUGCAGAAAGAACAGGCAGAAAUGGCAGGCAUUAGCCGAACAGCAAGAAACAAACCUGAUCAAUGGAGAAAGCAAUCAGCCCAAACGGAACUGAGAUAGCACUUCGUUAGGAAUGCUGGUUUACAAAGAAGCUAUUUAUAUAUAGUGAUUUGGAGAUACUUAAAUGUUUUGCUAGACACUGUACGAAAUAGGUGUAUAAUUUGCCACUGCUGUAUUUUAAAAGAACAAGGAGACAUAUAUUUUUGCACAGCAUUCGGAAGCGUAACAUAAAUGUUUUUGUGUAUGAUGUAUCAUAGUUGUAUAUUUCCAAUAUUCUGUUUAUUUGAGGGAGAAUGAGGUCUGCACUUAGCAGGUCCAGUUUGCUCUGCUCAGCUUUAUAAGACGGUACAGAAGAGGAGAGUUUCUAGGACUGCUGUUCUCAGUUGUACAUAGUUGUUUAGUUUCAGUCAAUGGCCAGUACUUUAAAACGAUUACCAUA